UGCCUUACCACGCAGGCGCAAUCUUAGUGACACUACCGUGUUGAGUGUGUUGUGCUAAAAAUUAAUAGGUGGAGAAUUUUUUUUUGUAUUUCCGAUAACGGUACACUUUAAAUGAAUGCGCGUGAAUAACAGACUGCUGCAAACAUUGGGAUAUAAAGUGCUUUUGGCUGCCUUCAAACCGACGUUGAGCGAGUAAAGUGAUGCAAUAUGGCAGCAGCGGCUGUCAAUAGGGGCUUUCUUUCAGCAUUAAGGACUCAAAGUUGGUGUCAGACCCGAGGACUUAACUCGUUAGCUGAGAGGACAACCAGUCGUGUCUCCUCUGCUGUGAUAUGUAACCACGAGGCUACAGGAGGACACACAAGCCUGGACAGGAGAGCUCAAGCUGGGGAGAGAAGAAGAAGAAACGGUCGGGACAGCAACAGAAGCUCCUCUUUGCUCACCUCUGUGUCGGUGGGUUUGGGGCUCUGUGGUGCGGUGCUUCUGGACACUGAAAAAGACCAAAAGGGGGACAAAGAAUUGGCAAUAUCCCGGGGAUUUCUCCAGCACAUCCUCCCAUCGGCUCAGUGCGCUUCUCCCUUCAAACCAGACAGCCCCCGAUUUAAGUACAACUUCAUUGCAGAUGUGGUGGAAAAAUCCAUUCCAGCUGUGGUGUACAUUGAAAUCGUGGGCAGACACCCGUUCUCAGGACGUGAGGUCCCAGUGUCAAACGGCUCCGGUUUUAUCAUCAGCAGCGAUGGUCUCAUCAUCACUAAUGCCCACGUUGUAGCCAACAAGCGAGGCGUCCGUGUGAAGCUCACCAAUGGAGAGACGUACAAUGCCAUCGUGCAGGAUGUCGACCCUGUGGCGGACAUCGCCACCAUCAAAAUCUCUGCGAGGAACCCGUUACCCACUCUCACACUCAGCCGGUCGUCUGACAUCCGACAGGGAGAGUUUGUGGUUGCCAUGGGAAGCCCAUUUUCGUUACAAAAUACAAUCACAUCGGGGAUUGUCAGCUCGGUGCAGAGAGGCAGUAAGGAGCUGGGCCUGUCCAACUCCAACAUGGAGUACAUACAGACCGAUGCAACCAUUGAUUUUGGAAAUUCUGGAGGUCCCCUCAUUAAUCUGGAUGGUGAAGUCAUUGGUAUAAACACCAUGAAGGUUACCGCUGGCAUCUCCUUUGCAAUUCCGUCUGAUCGUGUGAGGCUUUUUCUGGAGAAAGCAGCCAAAAGAAAAAGCACUUGGUUUCAUAAGGAUGAGCAGCGGUACAUUGGUGUUAUAAUGCUGACGCUGACACAGAGGAUCAUUGCUGAGCUGAGGUUGAGAGACUCAUCUUUUCCGGAUGUGACUCACGGUAUCCUGAUUCACAGGGUAAUCAAGGGCUCUCCAGCUUACAGAGCUGGCAUGCAAGCCGGAGACAUUGUGCUGGAGAUAAACGGGGCCAAGGUGAACACCUCAGAGGAGAUCUAUCAGGCCGUCCACAGCAGCGACAAAAUCACUAUGCAGGUGCAGCGAGGACAAGAGACACUCCGCCUUCACAUAACUCCCGAGUAUAUAAAUUAAUGCAAACCGCAUUAUUUCAUGUCAGCCGCUGGACAGAAUGAGUUGUUAGCUUGUGUACACCAGAAAACUGUGAAACCUUACAGUGACUGUGUUCAAAAGAAAAUGUUUGCUGUUUAAUAAAUUGGAUUUUAUGUAAAAGUUUUCUUAUAUUCUCCAGUAUUUCACUAACAUUUGGAGAGGUGUCAGCUUACAGUGAAUGUGUAGGCAUUUUAGCCAUAGUAAGUGUUACCUGUUUAAAACUACUCUGGUGCAGUCUUCAUGGUGCCAUUUUUCAUUAAAUGGUAAAAGCCAUGCUCACUGUUUAUUCAUGGAGGGGUUCUCAGUGAAUUCUACCUCUACUUUCUUACUUAUUGCUCAGAGUAGCAAAACUUGUGUCUCUUGUAAUGAUUUGUGUCCAAAAUGCAUUAUUUGUAAAAUAAAAGCUCACGGAGCCUGA